AAUUAUAGAGAGUGGCUUUCAUUUCAGAGUAGCUACGCGCGCACUAGCCAGUUCAAUGCUGCCACUAACUUGACUCGCUUGGCGGACGCGCUGCGGGGACCCGCCCGUGAAGCGGUGGACGUACUUCUUGAUAAUACGCAGGAACCAGAUGAAGUUUUACGCGUACUUGAGCGAACUUACGCUCCACCGGAGCUAGUGAUCGCCCGAGAGGUCGCGGUACUUCGUUCAUUUCCUAAUGGGACCUAUCCAGAGCAACUUAAUCAUUUUGCAAAUAAGCUUUGUCUCAAAAAUGCGCACGCCCUCACGCGCUGUUGAGAGUUCUACCUGUAUUAGUGCGGGCGCUUCUGCUGAGUUUGAGAUCUACGCCCUGCUCGACGUUGACAGCACGGUGACUCUCAUCGACGCGGACGUCGCAAACCGAAUUGGUGCAGAGGAGUUGUCCAGAGAGUCCAUACGCUUAGAUGGUGUGGGUGGCAUGUCCAAGGCUUCAGGACGGUCUCCUGGUUUUGGAUUUGAGAAUUAAGGCACUGCCCAAUGAAGACGAACACACGAAGAACCGCAUCCUCCUCGACGAUCGCCAUCGCGUCAUAUGCCUAUUAAUCGCCAAUCUCCAUAACAAGGCUAGUCAUGGCUUUCACGAAUAUGUACUCAACGAUUUAAGAGAGCAUUUCUGGGUGCUACGAGGUCGGAGAGCUGCCAGAGCCGUGGCGGCAGAAUGUUUUGAACGCAAACGCCGUAAAAGCUCCCCACGAUGUCCACGCGACCUUCCUCCGGAGAGACUUCUUCAUCAUACAAGACCAUUUACCAACGUCUGCCUUGAUAACUUCGGCUUGUAUCGAUCGGCCGACGCUGUGAAAAGAGUGUCGCGAGACGAGAAUUAAUUGCACCUUCUGGACUCCCUAUUGAAACCUACUCUGCCGUCAACAAAACACAAUGAUGUUCGUACUCACGGCCGCCCCUUUCAUGGCUGGCGAAUUGGACGACAGCGAUCUGAAGCUAAGGUCAUUAUGGAAACAGCUUACUCUCAACAGGAUACCGUCCAGCCCAUCUGCGAAAAGCACUCCAUCGCUGUCAGUAGCACAGGUGAUAUUAUUGUAAUCGCUCACUUGCCGACAACACCUACCAGUUAUUUGCCACUAAUUAACCGUGCUCUGCACCAGGGCCCGGGAUGUUGGCAAC